CUGAGAUUUCGAACUUAUGAAAACUGAGAUUGAUCGAAGAAUGAUUUUAAGAUGUAGUUCUGAGAGUUGAUGGACCAAGAAGAGCAGCAAUAGUGCGUGUAUUUAUAUCGAUUUGGAUCCAUCCUUAGAGCAUCGUUUGCUUCCUUUCUGAUUUCAAAUUCGUUACUUUUCGUUAUAAUUUGUCAACCAGCUUAUUUCACCAGCCGCCUUGUGAUGGUCCAUGUGUAGAUUCUCUAAAACCAAGGGUCUACUUUAAAUUGCCAAGACACAGAAAAGUUGCAGCUUUUCUAAAAGAGGAAGAUAAGCGAGAGUUAAUAAGAGAUCGUGCUAGAAUGCAUUAAGUUACCCCUCUCCACCGUGCAGCGCGUUUGUUCCAAAGGGGAGAAAUGGCAACUUUUUUGUUGAUGCUUAACAAUUCUCAAAUCGCGCUAGAAUGCAUCAAGUUACUCCUCUCCACUAUGCCGCAGCAUGGGGGUUCUGACGCCCUUUCUUGGCAGGCUUCCGCCGUCCGGGGCACGAUAAGCGCAUUUGUCAUCUCUCAUUUCUUGAAGCCAAAAGGGAAAAAUGGCAACUCUUUCGUUGAUGCUUAACAAUUCUCAACUUGCUCAGUUAAGAAAUCGGAGAAGAUACAAAUUGGUCCACAAUGCAUGCGAAUGAGUGCUGGGCUUGCAGAGACUCCAGAGCAGCUUGCAACCGCGUACGCCCACGUUGUUCAAAGUGCGCCAAGUCUAAUAGACCAUGUCAGUAUGGGUUGCGGCUGUCGUGGCCAAAGGCUACCAACACGAAACGGAGCUUGACCCAUUCCAUUCAAGAUGUAUUUGGGGUUGCAAAAAGUUCCUCCCAGACGAGAUUUAUUAAUGCUACAUCAUGGGAUAUUCAGCUCCACGAUUACCUGCGGAUGAAUCAAGGACUUAGUAGAUACGAGGGGUUUGUCUUUCAAAAACUCGAUCCGCCUAUGGCGCUAUCAUGGCUCCCAAUCAACCUGGGUUAUGAGGAAAGAGAACUUCUUGAUCACUUUAUAUGUACGGCGCCUUCCACACUGGCCAUUUUCGAACCUGACAAGAACGAAUUCUUGGGUCUCUUGGUGCGUCUAGCCCUUCUAGACAGUUCACCAUCCUCUUCGGCUGUGUUACAAUCGGCGUUGGCGCUCUCGUCGCUCCACCGGCAUGGUCUGCAAGCAGAUGUUUUUCAGUUCAAGGCUCGCUCUCUCCGCACACUGAUCACAUCUUACGAUCACUGUCUUGAAAGUCAGACGGUAGUUCAACAUAUUGCGGCUUGUAUGAUACUGUGCCACCUUGAGAUGCUUGGAAUGCCAAAUGCACUUCCCCUGUGGUUCUGCCAUUUGAUUGAAGCUAAAAAUUUAAUCGACAACGUCGGUGUUAUCAACCAAAAUUUUCAAGGCGAAUUUUCCAGACUUCUAGACUGGGUAGAGUAUCAUAUGGCUAUGAGCCGGUUUAGCCUCCGACACUGGUAUAUAAAUGUAGAGCCUAUUCAAGAAAUUGGAAAUAUCGCACCUGUGGAACAGGAAACUUGCCUAAUACAAAAGGUUAGAGCUGCUUCGUACGGCUCACAUGAAAUUCUUCAAUAUCUCCAUGUCACAUUCGAGAUGAUUAAAAAACCAACAGACUCGCUAUACCACAGCGACGAAUACGAAAAUUCUUUGCGUUGCCUCGAAAACAGGAUAACCAGUAUUGUCCUAUUGGCACCAGAAGGUAUAUCUGAUACGACGUCCAGCUUGGGCACAGCCUGGGUGGCUACAAUGGAGCUUUUCAAACUAGCUGCUAUAAUUUACCUCAAGAGAGCAUCGCGGAACUUUUCAGGAACCUCGCCUCAAAUUGACGCAAUAGUUGAGAGGGCCUAUAUACUUCUCGACGAAUUGGAGACCUUCAACCCGGCCUUUCCACUGCUGAUUAUCGGAUGCGAGGCUCGGAGAGAUGGGCAGAGGAUGAGAAUUCUAGAGCAUAUUGAAAGAGCAAUGAAGGCCUCAAGUUUGAGGAGCAGGAGCAUGCUUGGACUGCAGAAUAUUAUCCAGCAAAUAUGGGUGCAGGACGACCUUGCUGUUGAUUAUGAGCUAGACUACUUGAAUAAGUUGGAUGCUGUAAUAACUUCUUACCGCAUUAUGCCGAGUUUUGUUUAAUAUAGGAGCCUCUCUAAUUUGGAAUACGAUGGAUAAUAGGAGAUCUUUUCUGUGAGAUGCUGCUUCGUGGAUUCGAG